AUGAAUGUAGGUAUCACCAAAGCCGUGGGUCUACAAAACUACCGUGAAGUCGUCUUCUACGGCGAAAUUAGCAUAGGGAACCCAGGCCAAUUAUUUAAAACAGUCUUUGAUUUGGCUAGGAGUGACCUGUGGGUUCCAACAGCGUGGUGGCCUUAUCCUGAACAUCCCAAGUUCGAUGCGUCAACCUCCACAACAUACGUUUCCAGCCGAGGAAAAGUUGUGGAGAUGACGUAUUAUAAGGGUGUCAUAAGGGGUGUUUUAGCCCGAGAUAAUGUUGAGUUUGGUGGUUUUCUACUCGAGGCAGCCCGAGAUAAUGUUUUGGUGGAGGGAACGGAGCACUUCCAAGAAGACCAUACGUACGUUUCUGUCAUAACAAAGCCGUUUAAAGACUUUUGGACAGUGAAGAUGGCUACAUUGGUCAAAAGUUUUGACUCAAAACCCAACCAAAAUUGUGUUGUACCGUGCACAUCAAUUAUUGACUCCGGGAUGACGGAUAUUUUAGGUCCGCUGCACAAAAGCGCCGCUAUGAAGUCCGAUAUAGAGCUGCCGAAUAAGUCAAACCAUCCUCUAAGGCCUCCGUCGCCGCCGCCUCUUACGUCGUCGUUUUCCUCACUACCGGAGGACAUUGUUUUGAGCUGCUUGGCUCGCAUAUCGAAAGUGCACUACCCAUAG